GCCGCACCGCCUCGCCCACCUCACGUGUUUGUCUGUCUGUCUGUCUGUCUGUCUGUGUUAUGGGCUGAUGGACCUUGAGAGGUACCAACCUUACCAUUAACCUUCUCUCCACCUCUGCAAGCUCGACCAGAUCCCUCCAGUUCAUUCAAGAUGUGAGACCUCGCGACCCUCUCCCCAUUCCCCGCGCAACAACCAUCAUGUCUACUUCACCCGUUGUCGCUGCUGCUGCUGCGGCCGCCGACGCAGUCGCACCGACGACAACGCCCAACGAGAACGAGAAUGAGGAUCAGCAGCAGCAACAACAACAGCAAGAACCGCAACUUCCCACCUUUGAACCCCUCUUCACCCUCCUCACAAACACCACCUCGAACACGACCGUCCACCCCCGCGUGCAGUACCUCUUCUCCGACGACGACCCUUCCACCCUCGCCCCGUCCAGUACAUCCCGCGCCAUCGUCGUCGAUCUCGUCCCUUCCUCCACAAACAAUUCGUCGUCGACCGACAAGCAGAAGCAGUGGGAGGUCAACUACGCCUCCUCGCUCACCCCCUCCUUCGCCGUCACGGGCACGGCCUUGGACCCGACCACGCUGACCCUCCGCCUCGACGGCGUGGAGCGCGAGCCCGUCCCAGAGAGGAACAAGGGCCACGAGAGCGGCAGCGAGGACCCGGAUGCCCUCGUCGAGGAGUUUCGACGGAGAAUGGGCAUCAUGAGCAGGAUCGUGAGCGAGGCCGAUCGCAGGGAUGCUGUUGUCGAGCACGACGAGCCUGCGGUGGAACAGCCGAAGCCCGAGGCGAACGAGGAGGAUGCAUCCCCAGGGGGAUCAUGAAGAGAGGAGGGGAUAUUGGUUAUAUUGACCAGGAGCACGUGUCAUCUUCUUUAUGUUAAGCUUGCAUUCUGGGCAUCUCUUGCGCGCUGGCGUUGGGUACAAUUGGCAAUAUGAAUCACGACACUGUUUGGCAGCACAUCAUGCUGCAGCGCACUCGUCGUGCAUGGCAUACUUUACGACAGACAUGGAAUUAAAACGU